UACAAUUUCGGAAUUUCAACGGCUUCAAGUCUUCUCGAUGCUUCAGAAUAUCCCUUGCUUCGCUUCUCGAUAGCUUCUAGGAUAUUCUCACCAAGAAUUGAAGUCCAUCGACAGAUUUCUAAAAAAUUCCAGCCGAAUUCUUGCAAAAACACAUUUUUCGUCUAUGGAAAUCAAGUUGGAUGUCAACUAAGCGAGCUAAAUUUCAAGGAAUAUUCUGGAAAUGCAGAGAUUUUUGAAUUCGAUCAUAUUUUUCCUAUGAAAUCAAAAGCGAACCGCACUUUGAUUAUUUAUGGAGUCCUGGGGACCGCGGAGCUUAAAAAUAUGAUUUUGGAAGCGAAAAUUCUGGUGGAGACUCGAGAAAAUUUGAAUUUCGCGCUCAGAUUCCUCUCCUUGUCUUCGGGGACCACAAAAGUGUCUCUAUCUGGCUACGGAGUAGAAUUGGCGCUGAAAAACACGGAAUACAAAGCGGUGGACCAUUUGACACAGGAAUUACCCGAAAAUUUGCAUGGAUUGAACUUUCGAAUUCUGAAAAACCGACACACAGACAGACACAAUGAGCUGGAGUCUCUGAGAGAGAAUCUAGAGAAAUUGGGGGAGAUUGUGCCGUUGAAACAGUGGCAACUGAAGGAUUUAGGGUUGAAGACGUGCGAGAGGAUUCAGGAGGAUUCGAUGGAGUUGGAGGAGAUUGAACGGGUUUUGCAGGAUUUUCCGAUUCAUGCGAGAACAAUUUCCCAUCGAUCUCUCAACGAAUCGUUCACAAAACCGAUUCAAAAAUUUCAAAAAACUCUAAAAUCGGCUGGAAUCGGAAAUGGAGAGAAUCUAUUGGCUUUAAACGGACGAAUCCUAUCAAAAAGUGACUCAAAAAUCGAUUUAUUCGAAUUAAUCGAAAGAAAAACGGAGAAAAAAGUGAUGGAUCGACUAAUAGAGAUUGGUUCGGUUUCAGAGGAUUCAGAGAUCGACUACUCAAAAUUGCUCACUCUAUUCGAUUUCAGCCCCAUUGCUAUAUCGAAAAAUGCGUUUGAUUAUCGAAAAACGAAACCAGUGUUCCUCAACGAUCUGGAAUCCUUCCUAAGCCCCUAUCGAUCGCUUCAUCUGCUCCUCCAACCAUUUCCAUCCGAUCAAAUCCGCCCAAUCGCUCGAAACAUUUUCAAUUUGAUCCUUUUUAUCGAUCCAUUUGAUUCCGAAGACAAAUUGCUCGAUUUGGCUCAAAAAUAUCUCAAGGGCAAGGUUUUUAUAAGAAUUGGUUUGGUCCCAUUUUUCAACGAAAACAAAUGGGGAGUGAGUGUCCAGGAGGGUGUGAACUCGAAGGAAAUUUCAAAGGAGGCGAGAAAAAUUUGGAAGACAAAUGAGGACAUUUUGAAGGCGUUAAAGAAUGGAAACGAAUUCCUGUUGAAAACGGGUCUUGGUAAAGGACCACAGGCACUUCUCAAUGGAUAUCCACUGGAUACCUCCUCAUCUGAAUCCUUCGACGCCGCUCUCUUUGAUAAUAUCCAAAAACAAACGCUACGUCUUCAACUCGCGCUCUACCAACGUCUAAUCACCGAUUCUGUGAAAAUCGACGAUUUUUGGCUGAAAGAGGAGACGAAUCCGGAUCUGAAAACCAGAGUUAGUAUGAGAAUUUUCAGCGCCAAAUUUGAAUUUUUCAGAAUCGUCAAAGCGUUCAACGAGAGGAGAUUUGUGGAAUUGGAUUCAGAAGCUUCAGAGAAUCCUGAAAAUCCCACACUGGCGAUCAUCGCAAACUUUGAAAAUACAAAAAAUCGAUUAUCGAUUACCAAAUGGUUAAAAUCGUUGAAAUUUCCUCUGAAAAUCGCGCUGAUUUCGAAUCCAACGACGUCUUCAGAUUCAGAAGACUCGUCGUGCCCUUCUGAUUCUGAAAAUCUGGAAUCUGCAAUUUUGAGGCUGGAAAAUCAGGAAUCAUGCAUUGGAGCAAGGAAAUUUUCGAAUUUUUUGAGGAAAAAUGAAAUUAAAGCAGGAGAAAUGGCUGUAAUUUUCAAUGGACUUGUUAUUGGACCAUUUGAAGAAAAUGAGAAAGAGCAAUUUUUGGAAAUUGAGGAUUUUGAGUUUUUGGAGAAUUUGUGGAAAGAACGAGGGGCGAAGAAAACCUCCGCCUUCCUCUCCCAGCACUUCCCCAAUCAGGAUGACGUCACCAUUAAAUUCUUCUCAGUUUUAUCAAAAAUCUACAAAAAAGAUGUUCCUCGUGUCGCUUUUGACAAUUUUAAGGAUCUAGAAAAUAGAAAUCUGAUCAUUUUCCCGCCCAAAAAUCCGGAAUCUCCAUAUUCGACGAUCACAUGGAUUCUGAAUCCAGUUUCUCGAGAAGCUCAGCAUUUGGUGUCAAUUGUCAAAUUGAUGAGCAAUGUGUUGAAUGCAAAAGUUGAGAUCAUCUUCAACCCUUCAAGCGAGCUCCACGAAAUGCCAAUCAAGCGAUUUUAUCGAUUUGUGGCUUCAGAAUUUUUGGAAUUUGAUGAAAAUGGAAAAAUCAAAGAUCAAUCGGCGAUUUUCUCAAAUCUUCCACAAAAACAACUGCUGACAAUGUCGGUGGAAACGAACGACGGAUGGAUGAUUGAAGUGAAGAAGGCUGAUGAUGAUUUGGAUAAUAUUCUGUUGGAAAAUACUUCUGGAGACGUCGAAUCGGAAUUCAGUUUGGAGCACAUUCUCGUCGAAGGUCAAUCCCAAAAAUCCGGCACCGGUGACGCGUCGGAUGGUCUGGAAUUAGAGCUAAAAUCUGAAAAUACGAAAUACGAUACGAUUGUGAUGCGAAAUUUAGGGUAUUUUCAGUUAAAGGCGGAACCUGGCAUUUGGGAUUUGAAAAUUCGAAACGGAACGUCUUCGGAGAAUUUUUGGAUUCAGAAAAUCGAUUCAAAAGAAGUGAAUGGGAAGAUUACGGUAGUUGUAGACUCAUUCACUCGAAAAUGGACCCAGUUAGUUGUGGAGGAAAUUGAGGACAAAAAGGAGCAAAAAGAGGGAUCGGCAAUGGGAAGAUUGAUGGAAAAAGCGAAAAACUUCUUCUCGACUCCGCCCCCUUCUGAAACCAUCAACGUGUUCUCGUUGGCAUCUGGACACCUCUACGAGCGAUUCAUGCGAAUUAUGAUUGUGUCGGUGAUGAAAAAUACGCAAAGUGGAAAAGUGAAAUUUUGGCUGUUGAAAAAUUAUCUAUCGCCGAAAUUCAAAGAAUCCAUUCCGAUUUUGGCGGAUUUCUAUGGGUUUGAAUACGAGUUGGUCGAGUAUAAAUGGCCGAAAUGGUUGCACCAGCAGACGGAGAAACAGCGAGUGAUGUGGGGUUAUAAGAUUCUCUUCCUCGACGUCCUAUUCCCGCUGAACGUUGACAAAAUCAUUUUCGUCGAUGCCGAUCAAGUGGUCCGAGCCGAUUUAUUAGAAUUGAUGGAUUUCGAUUUGAAAGGAUCGCCAUAUGGCUACGUCCCAUUCUGUGAGAGUCGCAAAGAAAUGGACGGUUUUCGAUUCUGGAAAACGGGAUACUGGAAUACGCAUCUGAUGGGACGACGUUAUCAUAUCAGUGCACUCUAUGUCGUGGAUUUGAAGGCUUUUCGAAAAUUCGCCGCUGGUGAUCGUCUACGUGGACGCUAUGACAACCUAUCAGCCGACCCGAAUAGCUUAUCAAAUUUGGACCAAGACCUCCCCAACAAUAUGAUCCAUGAGGUCCCGAUCAAAUCCCUCCCACAAAACUGGCUUUGGUGUGAAACUUGGUGCGAUGAUCGGAGCAAAAAGACGGCGAAAACGAUUGAUCUGUGUAACAACCCGCUGACGAAAGAGCCCAAACUCAGCUCGGCACAACGAAUCAUUGGCGAGUGGAAAGAAUUGGAUGAAGAGAUUUCGAAUGUGAUU